AAAUGAAACAGGAGGAAUGGGCAGUGGACUGAGGUGCAAUGCGGGAAAGCUGGAUAAUCUCUAGCGUUGUCUUCUUGCAAUGAUUGUGAAUAGAGUGCAUGGCAGCCUGCCAGGUACAAGGUAGGUCGGCAGUCGAGAAUCAAUGUGCUGACUCCAUAGUACUAUAGGUAGUUCUACUAUCUCCACGUAUCGAUGUUUGGCUCUUCUGUAUAUACCUCGUACCUAGUAUAUCUUGCUCCCCCAUCUAUUUUCUCCCCAUCUAUUUUCUCCCCAUCCCAUUCGUCUCUCCACUGCCUCCUCGCCCACCGACCCCAUUCCUGCAGUAGUUGCAUCCUCACCGCUCGCGCUCCUGUUCUCGGCUGGAGCCUCUACUCCGAUUGGCGUGCGAUGUCGGGCCCGAGCCCACCUGUGGAACGGUCUACCGAAGACGGAAACCUGAACGGCGAAAUCCCGACCGGCAUUACCCAACGGACCAAGGACCGAGCGCACGUCACUGUCGACAAUCCCGCGCCGAGGACAGAGCUCCCCCGAGUCCUGACACGCUACGAUGUCGCCGCCCUCAUGAUCAACCGCAUGGUGGGCGUGGGCAUCUUCACCAACCCCUCGCUCGUGCUGUGGUUCUGCGGAAGCCAGUGGCUGGCUCUGGGCAUGUGGUUCAUUGGCGGGUUAUUUUCAUGUUUGUGUUUCUCGAUUUAUGUUGAGUAUGGGAACGCGUGGCCUUUCAAUGGAGGGGAGCUGCUAUAUAUCGAUCGAAUAUUUAGACGCCUUCCACGGCUGCAAUACCUGCCUGGGCUGGCGUACUCGGUGUACCAGCUGACUCUCGGCACGGCGUACCCGAACUCCUUCGGCUUCGCCAAGUACGUCCUGCAGGCGUGCAAUCCGCACACGACGGAUCCGCACGACCUGAACCCGCACGCAGUGAAGGGGGUUGCGGUGACCGUCGUCACCGCGGUGACUCUCGUCCUCUACCGACAUAAAUGGAUGGGUCUCCGCUUCAACAGACUGUUUGCCAUCUACAAGGUCAUACUGCUGUUGGCGAUCUCCAUCAUAGGGUAUCGCUGGCGGCUCGCGGAGAAUGAGUGGACGCUACACACUAAGGGAUCAAAGCCUAUAUCCGCGCUCUUCGUGGUGUUGUUCAGCUACCAGGGAUGGGAGAUCCCAUUUUACGUGGUGGGGGAGGUCGAAUCUUCCGGAAGGGCCCUCAAGUUUGGGGGUUUGAUGGCGAUACUACUCGUUACGAUCCUAUACAUGAUGGUCAACAUAGCAGUGAUGGUGGCCCUACCGUUCGAUAAGGUCGUAGGCGACGAAGGAUUAACCGCGAUGAUGAAUAGCCCACGGGGCAAGGCUAUAGCUGCGGCUUUCUUCUCGCUUUCACCGGUUGGAAACAUACUCGCGAGUACAUAUGCAUACUCCCAAGUCGGCAGAGAAAUCGGAAUGCAGAAGCUGAUUCCCAUCUGGAAGAUCCUCUGUCACGAGUCGACGUUCAGCUCUCCGACCAGAUCCGGUGCGUACCUGGUGCACUGGGUCGUAUGUACCAUAGGGAUAAUCGUCGUCGCGACGCCGUACACGGAGGGCAGGUCGACCAUCGCUCUGCGGUUGUAUACAUACGGCCGUACUUUAGUCGUUGCCAUAAUCUGCGGAUCGCUAUACUGGACCGUCAAGCAACGAUCCUUCCCGCUGAUGAAUCGGUUCGUAGUGGUGUCCGUAACGGCCUCCAUCGUGAUCGUAAACGUGGGAAUCAUAGUCCUCACCAUGAUACCGAGCCAACAAUCUGAGGGUACGCCUUCGGGCAUGUGGCUGCAGCCGACGAUCGCGUUCGGGACAAUGGCGCUGGGGAUGAUAUGGGCACUUGCUCUGUGGCCAUUGGAAAACCCCUUCCAAAGACCAUUAGCCGAAACUAUAGGGGACCUAGAAGCGCGCCGAGAGAUCCAAACUUCCGCGCCCGAUCCGAGCGGCAUCGUCAUCGUCGACAACGCCGGCACCACACCGAGCACGGCGAGAACGACGGACCACGCAGCACAGGUCUCGGAUCCGCUGCCCAACUGGCUGCAGAGAAUAGUCGGAGUAGCCUUCCAGAUCAAGCCCGAGGAUCCGAACGAUCCCUUCCCAGAGAAAUACCGUGGCCAGACCAGAAUGGUGACGUACCAAAAGAUCGGCGACGGUGGUAUAUUGGGCAUCCUCGAAAGACUGCAGGUUCGCCCAAAGGUACAAAAAACCCUGUGGGGGUUCGAGGAGCCACCAACGCAAACGGCAUUGGAAGUGGAGAUGGUGGCAAUACCGGUACAAGGAGCGUAAUGGAAACCGUACCGGCCGGAGAGCUCUGUUGUAAUAGUUAAUAGAUAUAGUAGAUACCACAACCGAUUCAGAUAUGAACUCAGUAGUUACAAGAUGGAUCGGAAGUUCUUCGUGAUCGUCUGUCUGUGGUCUACUCUCUCGAGUAGUUAUCAGCUACGAAGAAUUCACCGUACAAUGUACGAAUAAGAUGUAG